AGCAUGAGGAAGAACAGAUUGUUUCAUGAGUGAAGUUAUUCAGCUGAGGUUAACUCACAUCAUCGUGAAGGGGACGAGUCAGAGCGGCUGACCUGCUGAAGAUAACACACCUGUUCGACGUCAGAGAGACAGAGAGAGACACUUUCUCUGCGGACUGGAACAAAGUGUCAGCCAGGAUGGAUCCAGCUCUACUGAGGGAGAGGGAGCUGUUCAAGAAAAGAGCUCUAUCCACGCCGGCUGUAGAGAAGAGACAGGCCGCCUCAGACUCCGGAUCGCACAAGAAGAAGAAGCCGAAAGUUGACAAGGAGAGCUCCUCGGGGUCCAAACACGGCGCCGAGUCGAGUAAUGGCAACUUCAACAUCAAGACGAGUUCUGGGUACAAGUUUGGCUGCCUGGCCAAGAUAGUGAAUUAUAUGAAGACGAGGCAUCAGAAUGGUGACACACACUUCCUGACCCUGGAUGAGAUUCUGGAUGAGACCAAACUUCUUGACAUCAGCAUGAAACAGAAACAGUGGCUCAUGACUGAGGCCUUGGUCAACAACCCAAAAAUUGACAUCCGGGAUGGGACGUACGGCUUCAAACCCAAGUACAACCUGAAGGACAAGAAGGCCUUACUGAGGCUGCUGGACAAACACGACCAGCUCGGCCUCGGAGGCGUGCUGCUGGACGACGUCGAGGAGGGACUGCCCAACUCAGCCAAGGCCAUCAAGGCUUUGGGGGAUCAGAUCAUCUUCGUGACCAGACCAGAUAAGAAGAAGAUCCUGUUCUACAAUGACAAACACUGCCAGUUUAUGGUGGACGAAGAAUUCCAGAAACUGUGGAGGAGCGUUCCCGUUGAUUCCAUGGACGAAGAGAAGAUCGAGGAGUACCUGAAGAGACAAGGCAUCACCUCCAUGCAGGAAACAGGACCAAAGAAAGUGUUACCCGUUCAAAAGAGGAAGAAGCAAGGUGGGCAGAGGAAGAGACACUUCAAGACGCACAACAACCAUUUGGCAGGCGUGCUGGAGGACUAUUCGGACGGCGUCCCUGCUAAGAAGUGAAGUGGUUUCCUCCUCGCUGCUUCCUGCUCUCACAGCGGCGACAUCUGUAAAUCUGAACCGGCCGAGGACGGAGACCCCCCCCGGCCACACUACGAUACAAAGACUCAAACAAAUUUAGCUUCUUUUCCUUUCUUUGCACUCCUCUCAGUGAUCAGUGGUCUUUGUAUUACACGGAGUGAAUGAAUAGCAACUGUGUCGUUUGUUUGUUGACGGACGCCGAAGAAAAGGAGCGGACUGCAACCUCUACUGUUCAAAUGUAAAUGAGGUUCAGAGUGUGUACAUACGUUUUUUCUUCAUUUUAUUUAGAAUAUUGCAGAGAGGUGUGUGUGAGUGUGUGUGAGAGAGAGGAAGGGCUCCCACGCAGCAUCAAACAUCUCGGAAAAUAUUUAAAUCCUUUCACUUUGCGGAACUGUGGCAUCGCGGUUUAAAACACAAAAACUUUUUGAACUUAUUUUAAUAAAUGACUCUGUUACAGGAUUCUGCCUUGUUCCGUGAUUUCUAGUGAUAACAUUUCGAAUCUCUACGCUGUGUAUUCUCACUGCACUGUUUCCAACAGAGCCAUGAAAUUAGAGGUAAACCGCUGAUCAUAAAUUAGUACACGACGCACACCAUCAGCGUUUUUAAGCUUAUUUAAUUAAUCAUAGAAAACAGCACGGCAGCACAGCGAGAGAAAGAUGAAACGCUUUAUCAGCUGUUGUGGUUAAGAGUAGAAAAUCUGAGAAACUGAUCAAGCUACGUACAUAUCAUAUAAUUAUAUACAUUCAUGCUUCCUUCCAGGCAAA